CGCGUAUCCGUUUCCGGCCGCCAUUUGUUAGUCGUGUUGCUAAUAGAGUUCGUGUGGAAACGUCAUUGUAACUUUUAUACGUUGGAAAUAUGGGUUGUGACGGUGGAACUAUCCCCAAACGCGACGAAUUGGUGAGAAAGAAAAAGAAAGUAGAACAGAAGGAUAAAGAUUCCGAGUUGUCAUUUCGUUGGAAUCAUUGCAGUAUCACGCAGCAACCUCUUCAGACCCCAGUUGUAGCAUGUGGUAUGGGGAGAUUAUAUAACAAAGAUUCAGUUAUUGAAGCGGUUUUGGACAGGAGCAAUUUACCGGAAACAGCACAGCAUAUAAAAAAUUUGAAGGAUGUUAAGGAUUUGCAGCUUACUCCAAAUCCAUCGUUUAAGUCAUCAGCAGAGAAAGGCGAUUCAUAUGUUGAUCGCCAGUCAGCACCAUACAUCUGCCCAGUAGUUGGACUUGAGAUGAAUGGGAAGUUUCGUUUUGUGUUCCUCUGGGGUUGUGGCUGUGUCAUGUCAGAAAGAGCUCUCAAAGAAGUAGAAUCCAAACUGUGCCAUAAGUGCCAGCAGCCUUUCUCGCAGGAAGACGUAGUGGUUCUAAAUGGAACAUCUGAAGAUUUGGAUGUAAUGAAGACAAAGCUAGAGGCUCGCCAGGCCCGCCUUAAAGCUGAGAAGAAAGCUCGUAAUGAUGCGAAGCGUAGAGGGAAAGUUGAUGCAACAGCCUCAUCAACAGAAGCAUCAAAUAACAUCCAGGACAGUGCAAAUAAAUUGAUUGAGCUCUCAAGCAAAAACCAGAAUCCUGAAGAAGAGGCCAAAUCAUCUGCUAAUGGAGAGAAAGGGAGCCAGAAAUCAAAAUUACAAAAUGGGAGAUCAGACCUAAAGGCAAAGAAUGGUGUCAGAGAUAAGGUACCAAAUAUACCAACCAAGAGACCAGUGGAAGUAAACCUUGAAGACCCAGUAUUUAAGAAGACAAAAGGAUCUUACAGUGUGGCAAAUGAUCCAAAAGCGACUGAUGUGUUUAAAUCGUUGUUCACAACCCAUCAGAAAGCCCGGCAACAAAACAAAGCACAUUGGGUUACUUACAAUCCCUUCUAUAAUUGAUAUGGUUGUAUUUAUAUUAUGUAUAUAAUUGUUUUUAUGAUACAAUAAAUGUGAGCUACCACAUUC